AUGGACAGCUUUGGACAUGAGCUUGAGCACCCGAAGAAGCGUCGGCGGCGGGAGAUCUUCCAGCGGCCAUUGUCCGCUCGACUGGUGUUCGACGACACUGUAAAGGGCGAUGCUGCAUUGGUCUCGGAGAGUCUCUGGACAAAACUCGCAUGCAAAACGGAUGAUGCAAGUUCCCUGUCAUCGACGCCCUCGGUGGCUUUGGCGCCCUGGUCUCCCCUACACACCGACGUCCAAGACUCGACGUGGACUAUUCUACCUGCCCGCCCUUGCGAUCCCCAGCUGGAGCUUGCAACUGAAGCUCCCGGUGAAUCCAAUGUGGUCAAACUUUCGCCCAGCUCUCCUGCCUGCCAAUCGAUUCUGAAGACAUAUGCCGCACUCGAUCGAGACCGCCAUCCCGGUCAUGUCCCAAAGUCAAUUGAAAUUUUGGCAAUCGCUACGAAACCCCUUCUUCUGGAAACGGUGUACGUGUCUGUGGAGAAGGGACUGCUUGACAAGGUUGAUGAUAUCCAGAGCAAAUUCGGCGGUGGGUUUCAAUAUGCGAGAAACACCAAGGGCGGCAAAAAGCCGGGUGCGACGAACGGCGUUAUACAAAAUGUGCCUGCUCAGAGUUCUCGAAUGACUUCCCUCGUGCGGGAGGCGCUUUCUCACCUGCCCAUCAUCCAUACAGGGGACGUCUUUCCGUUACCGCUCCCUGCUCAUCCCAUCACUCACGUCCGGCCUCCUCCCGCCAUUAUAGUGGAAUGCGAACCUGUCGCGCAAGGGCAAUUGUCCGCUAAGACCAAAAUUGUUCUGAUCCAGACCGGAUCGUCUCAAGAGAAAGCCCUGAAGAGACUAGCACCCGUGCAACCCAUAAUUGAAGAGUCACUCGAGGAUACCGCCGAAGACACUUCGAACGACCAGUUCUUUUCGGCGGCAGAAGACAGACAGACGGAAACAGGGUCGGAUGGAGACGAUCUGUCCGACGAAGAGACCGAGUCUGACGGUUCAGCGCACGAGGAAAGCGACGACGAUUCCGAUUCAAUGGAUGAUAUGAUCUCCCUGAGUGCUCCCGGUCUGCCACCUCAGCAAGCGGGGACACUUUCGGCAAUGACGGCGGCAACCCCAAGGCCUGGAGGAAAGAGGGCAACGGGGACGCACACUCCCGGUUCCCUUUAUUCAAGUUUUACAUCAACUACAGCUCGAGCUGGCGCCCGACUCGGCAAAGUCUUCAAGACCGAGGCUCUUCUUCGGAAGGUCCCCAUUGAGCUGAUGCACCCCAAACCUACCCUGGAGGACGAUGAAGAGUCCUUUGUGUUCAUUGACACCAGCACCCUCGCGAAGAUUGGAUGUUUCUCUGGUGACUGGGUCCGAAUCGAGGUUGCCCGCAAUGUAAGCUCCCAAGGGCUUCCAGCCUCGGCCAUCCGCGCCCUCGGCGGCUUUGCCGAUGAAGAAGAAUCUGACUGGCGGACUGUGAGAGUCUUUGGCCUGUCGGGCCUAUCAAAUCAGCAACCGCGUUACGCUGUGGACAAGACCGGAGAUAGAAGGUCAAGCUUUUCACAGAGAGACCUGCUCAUGCCUUUGUCUCCCGCAAUCUAUCUCUCUCCAAUACUGCUUGCCAAUUUGUCAAACGCUCAAUAUGUCAAGGUUGGUGCGCUGCCAACCAUCCCACGCCACCACGAUAUCAGGUCCAUCCCAAAGCCGCGCUCGAGCACCUCCAAGUCUCCUCCCUUGGCCAAGGAGGUCAUAUUUUCGAAGUUGUCCGACCCGACAACAACCGAUCCUGUUCUCCAAUCCACCUUGUUCUCAUCCUUGAAGCAUCAUUUGGAAAACAAAAAACGCACGCUCAAAAAGGGCGACCUCAUUGCUGUACCGGUGGACCGAGAACUUGGAAAGGCCAUUUCCUCGUCGACAGGAUCAGAAGACACCCCUGGCGAUGAUGAGACAAUAACCACACUCAACGUCCCUGAGAAGUCAGGCUCUGCUCGAUUCGCAAUUGCUUGGUUCUCGGUGCAACAAAUUGACGUGGAACCCUCAGGCAAUGAAGGAGAAGCGGACCAAAACACGUGGGGGGGAGUGGUCACUCUUGAUACGGCACAAGCCAGAGUCUCGCAGAGUGGCAGCAGCAUUCAUUCUGUGUCGCAUCUGACCGAGAUCUGGAGCAGAUAUUGGUUUGGAAUCAGCAAGGUUUCCCACCGGCAGGUGCACAAGAUUGAUCACCUUGCUACCGCGGCCGAUCUACCUCAUCUGGAGAGGUUGCCACUGGAGAAGCGUUUAUCGGGUCUGGUAUCAGCUUCAGUCAGCACCCGAGCCAUCAAUCUAGCCCUCCCGCCUCUCGUGAUACUACUACAUUCCACCCAACGACAGAUCGGAAAAUCCUACAUCGCCAAUUCCGCUUGCUCGGCCGUUGGGGUGCAUACCUUCCCAAUUUCCGCCCACGACCUGCUUUCCGAAAACGCUUCAACAACCGGCGGCGGCGAUGUGAAAACCGAGGCUUUGUUGCGGACCCGGGCCGAGCGUGCCCUUUCAGGGGGGGCCCAACAAACCGCCUUACUCAUCCAACACAUUGAUGCCUUGACGGCGGACAGGAUGGUGCCGGUGUUGCAGGAAAUAAUUUCGUGGUCUCGCGUCCUGAUCGCAACGACCACCAAGAUCGAUGACAUCCCAGCAGGUAUUCGAAGCCUGUUUUCUCACGAGUUCGAGGUGACGGCGCCGGACGAAACAGCCCGUGAGCUCAUCUUACAUAAUGCUUGUACGUGGGGCUCGACGCCUCUUUCGACAAGUAUCAAUCUGAAAACCUUGGCCCUUCAAACUGCCGCCCUGGUGGCUGGAGAUUUGCUCGAUGUCGUCAACCGUGCCUCACUCGCGCGAUCUGCACGUCUUCUGGCCCUUUCUGAGGCCCAAUCUUGUCAUCUGUCGGAUAUCUACGUGUCUGGCGGUCAAGCGGCCACACAUCUCCUUUCCAGCGAUUUCAGUCGCGCCAUAUCUACCGCUCGAACCACCUUUUCCGAUGCGAUCGGUGCUCCGAAGAUCCCUACAGUCACUUGGCAAGAUGUGGGUGGCUUGUCGUCCCAAAAAGAUGCAAUCAUGGAAACCAUCUCCUUGCCCCUCACACAUCCCGAACUCUUUGCCAAUGGCAUUCGAAAACGCUCUGGUAUCCUGUUCUACGGCCCGCCUGGGACCGGGAAGACCCUUCUUGCAAAGGCCAUUGCGACUGAAUUCAGCCUCAAUUUCUUCAGCGUCAAAGGGCCCGAGUUACUCAACAUGUAUAUCGGUGAAUCUGAGGCAAAUGUGCGCCGAGUGUUCCAACGCGCUCGAGACGCUCGCCCAUGCGUUGUUUUCUUUGAUGAGUUAGACUCGGUGGCCCCGAAACGAGGCAAUCAAGGUGACAGUGGAGGUGUCAUGGACCGGAUUGUAUCUCAACUUCUCGCAGAACUGGACGGUAUGUCGAGCGGGGGUACGAGCAGCGACAGUUCAGAUGGCACAACGACGUCAAAUGCUGGGGGCGUGUUCGUCAUUGGCGCUACAAAUAGACCAGAUCUUCUCGAUCCCGCCCUUCUACGCCCCGGUCGUUUUGAUAAAAUGCUGUACCUUGGAGUUGCGGACACCCACGAUCAACAGGUUACGAUUAUGACAGCCUUGACCCGAAACUUCACGCUUGGCCCCGGCGUCGACCUGAAGCGAGUUGCCAGCCGAUUGCCUUUCACCUACACCGGCGCGGACUUGUACGCUCUUUGCAGCGACGCUAUGCUAAAGGCGAUUACCCGCAAGACACAGGCUGUCGACGAGAAAGUCCGACAAAUCAGCAGGGCGCGCGGUGAGGAGGUCAGUACCGGCUAUUUCUUCGACCACUUUGCCACGGAGGAGGAUGUCCAAGUUGUGGUCUACGAGGAAGACUUUACUGCCGCACAAAAUGAGUUGGUCGGCAGCGUUAGUAAGAAGGAGUUGGAGCAUUUCGAAAGGAUCCGCGGAAUGUUUGAGGAGCAGGACAUUACCAUUCCCUCCAAAGAUGGUGGUCUGAACGGUGCCGGUGCCGGUGCAGGAAUAGGGGCAAAGAACGCUGAGGAGACCAAACUACCUUUCCGGAGAGUUCCGCCCACAUUUACACCGACGUCUUUAGGAGAGGACCAGAAUCGACAGUCCACGCCACUGCGAUCCCCGCAGUCUGACCUGCUUUCACAUUCUCCGGCUCAUUCGAAUACCUCGCUGCAGAACAAAGGCCAGGGCCAGGGUAAGCACAAGGCAUAUGCGCUACCCAACACCGGCAACGCCGCCGCGGCCGCCAAUGCUCAUUCCGCAAGGCUACAGAAUCAAGUUGAAGCUCCACGGAUAGGUAACCCUGAUUCGGGGGCCUCUUCGGACGCAGAUGAUGACUAUGGCGUGAGCACCACCCAUCUGAAUGGCAGCGCGGUCAAUGGUACCAAAGUAGACAAGGGCAAAGGGAAAGCAAAAGACAGGUCUCGUCCCCUCGAUAACCGAGUGGAUGGGGACGGGUUUUUGGAUGAUGUGGAAGGCGACGAUGAGGGACUAUACGAUGAGUGA